AUGUACGACGCCGUGGACCAAGAGCUCGACCGGCUGGAGAAGCUGAAUAUCAUCACUCCGGUCGAAUAUUCGGAGAGGGCAGCUCCGAUCGUCGUCGUCCGCAAAGCCAAUGGCACCAUCCGAAUUUGCGGAGACUAUUCCACUGGGUUAAAUGCUGCUCUCCAACCAAAUCAGUACCCACUUCCACUGCCCGACGACAUCUUCGCCAAGCUGGCUAACUGUAAGUACUUCAGCCAGAUCGAUUUGUCCGACGCCUUCUUGCAGGUGGAAGUUGACGAGCAGUGCCGUAAGUUGCUCACCAUAAAUACGCAUCGUGGCCUCUAUUCCUACAACCGCCUCCCGCCGGGUGUGGAAGUCCAACCUGGGGCAUUCCAGCAGAUCACCGAUACCAUGCUAGCCGGUCUGGAGUGCACUUCCGGAUAUCUUGACGAUGUCAUCAUCGGCGGUCGGACUGAAGAGGAGCACGAUCGCAAUUUGCGGGCUGUGAAUUUCAUCCCGUGGUACUGGAUUGAAGAGAAGUUUGUAGCUGAUUAG